AUGGCAGUACACGCAGUGCACAGGCCGUCGUCACGACUGCUGUUCGUUGUAGGUGCUGCCAGUGAUCGGUGCGAUGCGGUGUCCAUGUCGCUUAUGCUGCGUUGCAUCGGAAACCUACUGCGAGGCACAGGCUUUCUGCCUGGCAUGGCCGACUCGAAAAUCGCCACCCUUCGCAACUACAGCGAUCACCUAUGCUCCUCGUACCUCAACUACAAGCUGUGCGCCUCUGAAGACCUGCUGACCAGAUGCCACGACAUAGGGCGCGUCGCCCAGUCGCUCUACGACUACGUCUGCAGCCCAGACGUACGCAAGCAUCUGCAGACCCAUAGUGCUUGCCUGAAGCACAUGGAUCAAGACCCGUCGGUGUUGUUCUGUGAACUGACCAUAAAAGGCAAAUUGGAAAAACUGUAUGCCAUGAAACCGGAAGAACAUCAGGCAAAAGCGAAGCAGCUCUGCGACAUGAUUGAAAAAUAUGAUAAAUGCGCCUCCACUGCGUACCUCAGCAAAUGCGGAUCUAAGGCAUGGGAAAUCAAAUUCGAGUUCGUCAAGCGAUCGGUAGCAUUAGACCCAAAUAUGAACUGCCGUAACCUCGUUGCUCCGAAACCCACUCAAGCGAUUAGUAAGAACAUUGACGUGGACACCGGAGCGAGUACCUCGGUGCGACGUCGGCAUUCUUUCGGCUCUCAGGCGGAAACGUCACUCGGCACCAACUUUUCUUCCUCGUCUUCCAGUUGUGCGGGUCACGUGACCAGCGCCAACCUCACUUGUCAUUUGACUAGAAAUCGGUCAGUACGACCAAUCACACCUCUCCCUCUGAUUCAUUCCAGCGAUGCAGCAGUUGUGGUCAACGGUCAUCAUAUGGGCAGGGUCGUCGAUUAG